CCGAGGGGCCCUGGUGCUGGGAGUAGGCAGAAGUGGGCUGCGACAGUUUGCAGAUGAGACAGGCACAGCGCAGCCACUGAAUUACUCAGGGCCCCACAGCUCGCGAGCAGCAGAGGCAGGAUCUGAACUCAGGAGCUGUGUGGAGAUGCUGCUGUGGCCACUCCUACUGCUGCUGCUGCUGCUGCUGCUACUGCUGCCAUUGGCCUUGCUCCGGCAGCAGCGGUCCCAGCAUGCCAGGUGGGCCUGGCUUGCCAGCCUCCAGCACCGUGUGGCAUGGGGUGCCCUAGGCUGGGCAGCCACCUGGCAGUGGUGGAGGCUGGAGCAGAGCACGCUGCACGUUGGCCAGAGCCAGCAGCAGGCCCUGAAGUGGUGUCUGCAGGGAGACCAGGGUCCCCGCAGUCCCCUCAGGGGGAGCACAGACAUGACCACCUUCCGGAAUCAUCUCCCUUUGACCAAAGCCAGCCAAGCCCAAGAGGAAGACAGUGCUGGGCAGGUCCCACCCACUAUCUCACCCCAGUACCCGGGGGAGGCCUCUCUGCAGGCCACUGUGCUGGGUCUGAUAGCCCUAAACAAGGCCUACCCAGAAGUGCUGGCUCCAGGAAGCACCGCCUGUGUGACCCUCAUAUCCCCUUGGCCCAGCCCCUUCCCCUGGCUUGGCCAUGCCCUGGGCCGGGUUAGCCCCGCUGGAGCCAAGGACCCUGUGGCCCUGCUGCUGGAGGCUCUGAGGUCCCCAGGGCUGAGAGCACUGGAGGCCGGGACGGCAGUCGAACUCCUGGAUGUCUUCCUGCGCCUGGAGGCCGAUGGCGAAGAGCUUGCUGGGGCCAUAGCUGCCGGGAACCCAGGAGCACCUCUCCCCAAACGGGCCGCUGAGCUGUGGCAGGCCCUAGAGCAGGGACCCCGAGGACUGGCCCUUCGGCUCUGGCCGAAGCUGCAGGUGGUGGUGACUCUGGACGCCGGAGGCCAGGCUGAGGCUGUCGCUGCCCUCGGGGCCUUGUGGUGCCAAGGGCUAGCCUUCUUCUCUCCCGCUUACGCUGCCUCUGGAGGGGUGGUGGCCCUAAACCUAUGGCCAGAGCAGCCCCGGGGGCUCUACCUUCUCCCCCCUGGAGCCCCCUUUACUGAGCUGCUCCCCGUCAAGGAAGGAGCCCAGGAGGAGGCCGCCUCCACCCUCCUGCUGGCUGAGGCCCAGGAGGGCAAGGAGUACGAGCUGGUGCUGACUGACCGUGUCAGCCUCACCAGGUGUCGCCUGGGUGACGUGGUGCGUGUGGUGGGUGCCCACAAUCAGUGUCCCAUCGUCAGGUUCACCUGCAGACUGGGCCAGGCCCUGAGUGUUCGAGGAGAAGAUAUCCGUGAGGACGUGUUCUCUGAGGCCCUGGGCCGGGCGGUGGGGCAAUGGCCGGGGGCCAAGCUGUUGGACCACGGCUGUGUGGAGAGCAGCAUUCUGGAUUCCUUCGAGGGCUCUGCUCCCCACUAUGAGGUGUUUGUGGAGCUGAGGGGACUGAGGAAUCUGUCAGAGGAAAAUCGAGACAAGCUGGACCACAGCCUUCAGGAAGUUUCUGCCCGCUACAAGUCCCUGCGGUUCCGGGGCAGCGUGGGCCCUGCCAGAGUGCACCUGGUGGGGCAGGGGGCCUUCAGAGCACUCCGGACAGCCCUUGCUGCCUACCCCUCAUCCCCCUUCCCUCCUGAGAUGCCCAGGGUCCUUCGGCACAGGCACCUGGCCCAGUUCCUGCAGAGGAGAGUGGUGUCCUGAGCCCAGGCCUGCCCAUGGCCCCAGGUCCCCUCAGAGGCCACCUUGCUCUCUCCUCUGGGGCCUGUCUGGAUGGGGAGUCCUUGGCUGGGGUCUCUGACUCUGUGUCACCUGACAUUUACCGAUGAUAGCCACUGGGCCUUAGGGAGGCCCUGGCCUAGUAGGCCAGCCCUGAGACAUGGCCUCAGGGGUUUAGCGGAUGCCAGCAGGGCCCUGCCAGGAUCCCCUGUGGCCCACCAUUGGAGGGCACUGCUAGAGUUCCAAGGCACACCCAUGGCUUCCUGAGCCUCUCAGCCUGACAGUGUUCUCUGGCCACAGUUUUGUGCUUGACCAGCUCAUUGGGCAGGCUGGAAGUGUUGGGGGGUCUCCAGGGGCAACCCUCCAUCAAUAAGGAACAGGAAUUGGUGAAUAAAGACCUCAGUGUCAUUGUUCUUGAGUGAGACAAUUCUGAAGAGUUUUCUGCAUAAUCUCUCAGAGGGUACCCCACAGGAUGGAGUCCGACUUCUCACUGGGCCUCUGCCCUUCCCUCCCUUCCCUACUCCCUCACUGUGCCUCCUGGGAUCAG